CUUACCCAAAAACCAGAAUAUAAAACCGUCACUUUCCGCCACAUAGUCCUUCCACUUCCCCUUCUCAGAAUACCCAAAAAAAAAAAAAAUGAAACACGAAACAGACAACAUUAACAACAACAACGGAACCCACGACGGGUCCGAAGAUUCCGUCCUCCGCCCCUGUCUAUCCCUCCUCAAGUGCCGCAGCUUCGCCGCGUGCCACGUGUCCGCUAACAAAAUCUCAAGAUCCGACCCGAACGUCUCCCUCCACGUGGACCAAAUCCUCGCGGUGGCGGACGUCCUCGCGGCGGCGGAGCGCCGCCGCGUCCCCUCCCACCCGCACGACUGGUACUCCAUCCUCCGCCUCCUCCCCGGCGACGGCGACAACCGCGACCUGACACGUCAGCACUUCAAAACCCUCGUGCGGCUCCUCGACCCUAACAAGAACAAGCUCCCCUUCGCCGAUGAGGCUCUCAUGCGCGUGCGAGAAGCGUGGUUCGUUCUCUCAGACCCAACGCGCAAGGCGCGCUUCGAUAAAGAGAUCAACGACGCCGCCAAAACAAAAACGACAUCGUUUUGGACAAUGUGCCCUUACUGUUGGUACCUACACGAGUACGAACGGAAAUACGAGGACUGCACGUUGAGGUGUUCGAAUUGCAAGAGAACUUUUCACGGCGCGGCGGUGACGUCGCCGCGGCCGGAGGCUGUGGCGGCGGGCAACGAGGAGUAUUACUGCUACCACGUGAGCUUGCCGGUGAGGUAUCCGGUCGGCGGCGAACGGUGUCGUUUUGGGGAUGGGGCGAGGAAGAGGAUGAGGGUUAAAACGGUGGCUAAUAGAAUGAAAAAGAAAGGGUUUGUUGUUGAUGCUAAUAAUGAUGAAUCUGAUUUGGAUGGGGUGAGGUAGUGUGUGGUUCUUGUCACAAUUUUUUGGGAGAAUCUGAAAAGGGGGGAAAGUUUAACUUAUUAGGGUUCUUGUUGAUUAUGUGUUUUUUGUUGUUGUUUUUAGGAAAAGAAGCAUGCAUUGCUUGUAUUUUUGCAGUUUUGCAAUGUCGCUUCUGCUUAUUGUAAUAUUGUAUAUAAUGAAUGAAUUAUACUUUUUGGAAGGAAGACUAA